AUGCCCCAACCCGCCGCCAACGAUGCUGGCCCAAGCCGCCCACGGCGCGACAGUGCACCCUCAGCCUCGACUUCCAAGAGCUCCGGCGCUUCCAGCGCCGCCCAGGACUUGAGCCGCGACAACUCGGCGUCGGGCACGUCGUCAGCGACGCCGACGCAGCGGCGACCCGCGUCGCCGAAGAGCGCCAUGAGCCGGAGCGCGUCACCGGGCAAGGAUAAGGACGGACGGGAGGCGGCAACGCCGCACCUUGACCUGGCGCUGUACCCGACACCCAAGUUAUUGAAGCUGCUGGCCGGACUGCUGCAGCAGAUCGCGUCAGCGAACGACGCGCUGCGCGCCGAGCAGGAAGAGGAGCCCGAGGACGAGGAAGGCUCGACGACCACCGACAGCCGGUCCCGCUCAAGCAUCACACAUCCGUCACCGACGACGGCGCUCUUCCAUGACGACCCGCCUCCCGACCUCGCGAACGGCGACCCGCUCUUCACCGCGUCCAAGGUCUCUCUCUCCCACCCCUCCAGCAUCCUCAGCUUCCACGCCCGCCACGUCCCCAGCAUCAGCAUUGAAGCGUAUCUUCUCCGUAUCCUCAAGUACUGCCCGACCACGAACGAGGUCUUCCUCGGUCUACUCGUGUACUUUGACCGCAUGAGCCGGCUCGGCACGACCGCCGGCGUCGGCGGCACGAGUGCCGCUGUUGGUCCCCGCGGCUUCUCGAUUGACUCGUACAACAUCCACCGGCUCAUCAUUGCCGGCGUCACGGUCGCGAGCAAGUUCUUUUCUGACGUGUUCUACACGAAUUCACGAUACGCAAAGGUUGGCGGACUGCCGCCGCACGAGCUUAACCAGCUUGAGCUGCAGUUCCUGCUGCUGAACAACUUUACGCUCAUGAUCCCGCCCGAGGAGAUGCAGUCGUAUGGCGACAGGUUACUCGCGUACUGGCAGGGACGGGAGGAGGCGGCGCCAGCCCCCGGAACCUCUCAGACGCCGGGGGGAGGGCGCGGAGCUGCGCCGGCAUCGACGCUGACGCCGCAGGAGGAGGUGGCGCGGCUGCGCGCAAAGGAGCGGCAGGAGCGCGAGUACCGCGAGCGUGAGAAGGAGCGUGAGCGCGAGAGGGAGCGGUCGCGGGACAGGGCGCGCGAGGAGGGUCGGGAGAAGGAGCGCAAGGAGCGUGCAGAGCGGGAGGACCGCGAGCGCGCCGAGCGGGAGAAGGAGCAGCCGCGAAGUGAGAGGCAGGCGUCCUCGGCGCCGAUGGAUGUGGACGAGCACAACUACCCGGCGCAAAACGGGAUCGAGCGGGCUGGACCCUCGCCGGCGCCAGCGGGCGUUGUGGGAAGUCGGGCGUGA